GAUGCCCCCGACGAACCCGCAUCCAGAUCACAGAGGGGGCUGUGCAAAAACCGAGGAGGAGGAAGCCGCGAGCUCGGACUCGGAGCCGGGCGCGUGUCACGGCGCAGGGGUUUGCAAAUGGUUUAACGUGCGAAUGGGUUUCGGUUUCCUGUCCAUGACCCAUCGGGAGGGCAUCUCUCUGGACUCUCCUGUGGAUGUGUUCGUUCACCAGAGCAAGCUUCAUAUGGAGGGCUUUCGCAGUCUGAAGGAAGGUGAAGCGGUGGAGUUCACAUUCAAAAGGUCUUCCAAGGGUCUGGAGUCUCUACGGGUAACGGGGCCAGGUGGCGCAGCAUGCAUAGGCAGCGAGAAGAAACCCAAAGGUGCCCAAAAGCGACGUUCAAAAGGAGACCGAUGCUUCAACUGUGGGGGGCCCAACCAUCAUGCCAAAGAAUGCCAGCUGCCGCCUCAGCCAAAAAAGUGCCAUUUUUGCCAAAGCAUCUCCCACAUGGUGGCCAACUGUCCAAUCAAAGCACAGCAGUUGUCAACAGUUUCUCAGGGAAAAUCGACCACCUCGACAGCAGGAGAAGAGGAGGACAUGAGCCACGCCUCCUUGCCUCCAGAGAGCUCAGAUUAGAUAAGGGGUGGGGGAUCAUUAAGAGCCAAUCAAGAACCUCUUAUUGGGGUGCUGCUUUAGAUAAUAACUCAGGUUUUGAAA